UCACUUCGUCGUGUGAACGCUUCCGCUUUUUAGUCCCAAUUUUUUUUUCUCCCCCAAAUCGACCGCUGUUUCCUCCCAUCUUCCUCAAAAUCGAAACUCAAUCCCCUUUCAAAACCCUAGCGAUCGGCUGCUCGAUCGAGGAUCCUUUCUGUCCCUUAAGCUUUGAAGUCUUGAUUUGGGUGAUAGAUCCGCUGGAGCUCUGAAAUCGACCGACGAAAUUACGCUGUUUCGUUGAAUCUCAGGCGAUGGCGGAGUCUCGGCGCUAUGCUUUAACGCCUCAGUUAGAUAUUCAGCAGAUACUUCACGAAGCACAACAUCGAUGGUUACGUCCUGCAGAAAUUUGUGAAAUUCUUCGAAACUACCGGAAGUUUCGUAUUGCUCCAGAACCACCAAACAGGCCUUGUAGUGGUUCACUUUUUCUCUUUGAUCGGAAGGUUCUGAGAUACUUCCGGAAGGAUGGUCAUAAUUGGAGGAAGAAAAAAGAUGGGAAGACUGUAAAAGAAGCUCAUGAAAGGUUAAAAUCUGGAAGUAUCGACGUGCUUCAUUGUUAUUAUGCUCAUGGAGAAGAGAACGAAAACUUCCAGAGGCGUAGCUACUGGAUGUUGGAAGAGGACUUCAUGCAUAUUGUUCUUGUUCACUAUCGAGAGGUUAAGAAUAGUAAAGCAAGCUAUACUAGAACAAGAGAUGCUGAAGAAAAUGCACAAGUUGCACAAAUGGACAGUCCUGCUGGUUCGAGUUCUUUUACAAAUCAAAGCCAGCUUCCUUCACAGGUUACAGAUGCAGGAAGCCCAAUUAGCACACAGACAUCGGAAUAUGAAGACUCAGAAUCUGAUAAUUAUCAAGCAAACUCCAGAUACAACUCUCUCGUUGAGAUGCAACAGUAUGGAGAUGGACCCAUGAAAGAUAUCCACGUGUUGAACUCUUAUGCUCCAGUUUCCUUGCUAAAUGACCAAGGUGAUCAUCAAAGCCUACGAGCUGCAGUACCUGCAUCCAAUUUGUAUUCAGUUUCUCAAGAGGGUGCGACUAGAGUUUUUGAUGGAGCUGGUCCUGAGCUCACAUGGUCUGGUUCUAAAUCAAAGUUAGGGUUAACUUCAUGGGAAGAGGUCCUAGAACAUUGUACACCAGAGUUUCAGAGUGCACUAUUUGAUCCAACAGUUGCUUCAGGAGAAAGUGCCAAUUUGGUUAAUCCACAGCAAUUCUCUUUGAUGCUUGGAGAAUAUUUCCCAAAUGACGUGGGUUUGAACCAAGGGAAUAUAGCAAGUGCUCAAGGCAACCCAGUUUGGCAGCUUGAUAAUGCUGAAGUUGGUUCUCCUGUUAUGUCAAAUCUGGAUGUGGAAAAUGAGUUAUCUGUUGAGGGAAACCGCACCUAUGCAUCCCUUCUUAAACAGCUAUCCUUGGACCUCUCUCAUCCAGGAGAAGGCUUGAAAAAGAAUGAUAGUUUCUCCCGGUGGAUGAGCAGUGAACUUGGUGAAGUAGAUGACUCACAACUACAAUCAACUUCUGGUGCAUAUUGGAACACCAUUGAGAGUGAAAGUGUUGGUGAUGUUCCUGGCAUGUCCAACCAAGAGCAGCUAGACUCAUAUUUGGUUAGCCCCUCAAUUUCCCAGGAGCAGCUUUUCAGUAUAGUUGACUUUUCUCCGAGCUGGGCCUACACUGGCCUGGAGACGAAGGUUCUAAUUUCUGGAACAUUCUUGAGAAAUAAAGAGUAUGUAGAAAAAUGUAACUGGUCAUGUAUGUUUGGCGGAAAUUGAAAGUUCCCUGUCUGAUAUUGUAGUGCACUGGAACUCUGUGCCUGCCAUGCCCCACCGCAUAAAGCUGGAAGGGUCCCUUUCUACAUUACAUGCUCCAAUAGAUUAGCUUGUAGCGAAGUGAGAGAGUUUGAAUAUCGAGAGAAAAGUACUAGACAAAUGCAUACUUCAAAUUUCUAUGGCAGCAUGGUAAAUGAAUUGGAUCUUUACAAACGUCUUGAAAAGUUAAUAUCUUUGAGCACUGAGCAACCUAAACCUGUCUCUAGACUUAUGAGUGAAAAACAACAUUUGAUUAGUGAAAUAAAUUCGCUGAUGAUAGAAGUUGAUGAUGAAUGGUUCAAUAUGCUGAUUCCACGGCAUGAAAGCGAAGUUCCCUCUGAUAGUACUCGUGACUGGUUUCUUGAGAAGCGUUUGAAAGAUAAGCUGCAUAUAUGGCUUCUUUACAAAGUAGCUGAAGAUGGUAAAGGUCCCAGUGUCUUAGACAAUGAGGGGCAGGGUGUUCUUCAUUUGGCAGCUGCCCUCGGGUAUGAUUGGGCCAUUACACCUACAAUAACUGCUGGUGUUAGUGUCAACUUUCGAGAUGUGCAUGGCUGGACUGCCCUUCAUUGGGCUGCAUUUUAUGGCAGAGAGCAAAUGAUUGCUACCCUCAUUGGGCUGGGUGCUGCUACUGGAGCAUUAACAGAUCCAUCUCCUGAAUUUCCAUCUGGAAGCACACCAGCUGAUUUAGCCUCUUCCAGUGGGCACAAAGGAAUUGCUGGUUUUCUGGCAGAAUGUUCUCUGACCAGUCAUCUGGUUGCGCUCACUCUGAAGGAUUCAAAAGGUGGUGAUUUGGCUGAAGUUUCUGGUGUUACAGGCACGGGAGACAGUGCGGCACAAGCUGCCAUUCAGCCUCCUUUUGAUGGGGAUCUUUCAUUGAAGGACUCCCUGAGUGCUGUUCGAAAUGCUACUCAAGCUGCAGCUCGCAUACAUCAAGUUUUCAGAGUGCAAUCAUUCCACAGAAAGAAACUCGUUGAGUAUGGCGAUGACAAAUGUGGAUUAUCAGAUGAGCGAGCCCUUUCGCUCCUUUCAGUCAAGGCAGCUAAAUCUGGGCAACAUGAUUUGCCUGUACAUUCUGCUGCAGUUCGAAUACAGAACAAAUUCCGUGGAUGGAAAGGGAGAAAGGAGUUCUUGAUUAUUCGGCAAAGGAUAGUUAAAAUUCAGGCACAUGUACGAGGUCACCAAGUGAGGAAACAUUACAAAAAAAUUGUUUGGACUGUAUUAGUCGUGGAGAAAGCUAUACUGCGCUGGAGGAGGAAAGGAAGUGGGUUGCGUGGUUUCCGGUCAGAAGGGUUGAUUGAGGGUCCUAGCGUGCAGAAUAAACCUUCAAAAGAGGAUGACUAUGAUUUCUUGAAAGAAGGCAGAAAACAGACCGAGGCCCGGCUGGAGAAAGCACUUGCAAGGGUGAAAUCCAUGGUUCAGUAUCCAGAAGCAAGAGAUCAGUAUAGAAGGCUUCAGACUGUUGUCACCAAACUAGAGGAACCCAAGGAAGGAGUUAUGCAUGAUGUGGAGGAGGCCGAAGACACGGAUCUCAUGACCGGGCUGGAAGAGCUUAUGUACGAUGACAGCUACGUGCCUGCUGUAUGAUGAGGAUGACCUUUGAAGUUUAUUGAUCAUGUGUUGUUCUCUGUAAAUACCUCAGCUAAAAUAUUUGCUUCUUUGUGUUUACCUUACUAAUUAUGUGGAGAUCAGGACGUGUAGUUUAAUGUAUAUAAAGCUAGAGAUCUAUUUGAUGUUCUGUAUUGGAUAUGUUGUGUAAGGAGUGCUAGUUUGUGUUAAUAGGCAGUGUUAUUGACUUCCAUGACACCUUUUGCA